AUGGAAGACAAGGACGGAGCAGCCUCCGAUCCCGCCGCGGUUGAUUUCGCCGGCGACACGAGUUGGACAUUCUCCGCCGAUGGCUCCGACGGCGCGUACCUGCUAUCCGGCGACAGGGAGCGAAGCAUACUCAGGGAAUUCGGGUGGAAUCUUGAAUCGGACCAGCCGAACCGGAUCGGCACCGACGAUGGAUUGUGGAUGCCGGUUCAGUCCUCUUUGACCAGUUCGACCGAACCGGCCGCUGCGGUGUCGUCGCGGUCGAAUAACCAGUCGGUGUCGUCGAGCUCCAGCGAGGAUCCGCCGGAGAAAUCCACCGUCUCCGACGAGAAACCGGCUGAGAUACCGAGUAAAGGUAAAAAGAAGGGGCAAAAACGAAUACGGCAGCCACGGUUUGCAUUUAUGACCAAGAGUGAAGUUGAUCAUCUUGAGGAUGGCUACAGAUGGCGGAAGUAUGGUCAGAAGGCAGUUAAAAAUAGCCCAUUCCCUAGGAGCUACUACCGCUGCACAAACAGCAAAUGCACGGUGAAGAAGAGGGUUGAACGUUCUUCCGAGGACCCAACAAUUGUGAUUACCACAUAUGAAGGCCAACACUGUCAUCAUACCGUUGGAUUUCCUCGAGGGGGAAUCAUUAGUCAUGAGGCUACUGCCUUUGCGGGCCAGUUGGCUCCUACAAUGUCACAGUUUUAUUAUCCAAUUCAUUCACCCAGAGAGAAUAAUAAUAUUAAUACUCUCAGCUCCAUUUCUCAACCAUGCCAAGCACAGGAUGAUGCAUCUAGAGGAUCCAGCGUUGUAAUGCCAGCUGAUGCAUCCUCUGUCCAGCCUCCCACGGAUGAAGGGUUGCUUGGAGAUAUUGUACCUCCGGGAAUGCGCAUCAGAUGA